AUGCACCAAAACCAACUAAUUGACCUUCACGCUGCGAAUGUACUCGUCUCUGGAAACACUGGUCUCAGCCUGUGUGGUUCCUCUGUCCAAGGCCACCCAUUUAGGCUCGUCCUUGAAAAGUCUCAGAGCUUUCACGUAUUUGGAAGUACUCAAAGUAAAACGGUGGUAGAUUCCAGCUGGAAGAAUCAACAGAUCGCCCUUAGUCAGUUUGGCACGGACCCAUCUGUCGUUGUUGUCUCUCACGUCGAAAAAUCCUUCACCGUCCAAAAUGUACCGGAUCUCCUCGUCCUCGUGGAGAUGUUCCCUGUAGAAAACUUCCAGCUUGGCCUGUAG